CCAAUUUGACAUUUUUAAACUGAAUUCUUUUCAUUCAUUCUCUCUCAUCGAGGCCAAAGCUUCCAAACAAAUUCCGGCACCGGUAGAGCCGUUUGCUCGCCGGUGCCGGGAGCUAUCGUUCCCUUGUCGCUCUCUUCUCAAUGGCUAUGUCAUCUGGUGUUCUCUAUUCUCCCGUGUUCCCAUGUUUCGCUUGUCUUUUCUCCCUUUGUAUCCAAAGAUUACCUUGACCACCAUACCUCUGAACACGUUCACUUCUUGUGCUAGUUCUCCCCUUAUCUUCUUUGCGACCUCCGUGGUUUAUCCCUCUCCUCGGCUCCCCUUGAAGUCAAUACCGGCAUCUCCCUAUUCCCCUCUGGAUCGGAGCUUUGCUUUGACGCCGGAGCUGUUGAAGAGCUUUACCUUGGAAGAUCCAACUUCUGCAGACCGAGCCUCAUCGCAAACAAACUUCGUUUGGUUAGAUCUUGUCUCUGACGCCCUCAAUUCGGCAGCUGUAAACCCUAAGUCCGUUUUGCCGUCGCCGUCGUCGUUGGUGACAAAGAGAAGAUGCGCUUGGCGGCUAAACCUAAUGCUGCCUCAGGGUUUUCGCAUUGGGCCCAACCCAAGCCCCUUCUGUCCUCCCCCUAACCCAUUACCUAAACUAUUAAAGCCCAUGAAGCCUUCUGCUGGGUUAAGCCCAUAUCCUCUAAGGCCCAGGUCUGUUUUCAAAUCUGUUUUACAAAGCCCAAAUUUUUUGAUGUUGUUAUCAUUUAGGGAGAGUAAUGGACGCUUUCCUGUGAUGGUGAUGAUGGAUUUAGCUUGGAUUAGUAGCUCUCUCUCACAAAACCUAGUUGAUAGUCUAUCUCGUUUGGUCCGUUUUCUUCAGUGUUUGAGUCUAGUCUUGAAUCGUUUGGAGCUAUUUUCUCUUUGGAAGUGUCCUAGAGUGUUGCUGCCCACACCAAGUAUCGUUAAUUUACUAUCGAGUUCCCUCCUUUUAGCACCCUCUACCUCUGUUUGGGCUGGUAAUGGACGCCUUGCUAUCAGAAUAGUGGUUUGUUUAGGUGGGAAUGGUAGUUACCAUUGUCGAGAUAAGAUGUUAAGUUUUCUUUGGACCCUAUCCGAGACUCCUUUACCCACCCAUAGGCAAAUGGCCUUUAGAGUUAAGAGGAUCGGCAUUAUGACCCUGUCUCUACCGAGUAGGUGUUACCGAAGCCUUGAAAACUCUCAACUUAUCCACUCACCAUUUAUCGCGCUCAUUCAUGUCAUGUUAAUCUAUUGCUUGGAUAAUUUGCAAUCUCUUGACAUGUUGAAAAAGUACGGCAUUAUGACCAUGUCUUCAAGAAGUGGUUACCGUCUUUUUCUCAACCUCGUUAACCCGUCAGCCUCCUCAACGGAGCACUUCUUCAAAAGCUCGGAUGCAUUGUUUGCAAGAGCUUCUUUUGACCACAAGAUGGUCGAGGAUUUCGCGAAGCCCGCCUUCAUGGUCGAAUCUGCCAAGGCCUCAACAGAUUUUUCAAUCAUUAGAAAACUCAUGAAGCUUCUAUCCUUAUUUUCCUGUAAUUUCUUAUUUUCAUUGUGUAUGAACUUGUCUCUUUUGAGAUUUUAAUGAAUGAAGAUCUUUGUUUGACAAAAAAAA